UGGACAGUGAUGCAUGGGGAGGGGGGGAGAGGCUGUGCUAAUAAGGUGGAGAUUGGGAAGGAGGAAAAUCCCUUUGCAGGCAGUUUUGAAAGCUUUUCCCCUCUUUGCUUCAUCACUGUACACUGCUCAAAGCUCCACCAUCCCAAAAAGCCUCUGGUCUGUCUCCCCUUUUGCCAGUAUCUGAAUGCAAGACCUUGGCUUCUCUUCAUUCCCAGCAGAAUACUGUGUAACUUCUUUUCCACUGCCAGUUUUGACUAAUACCAUCUGCACUGUUUCACAAACCUUUUGCUGCUUCUUGCGGACCAUGAAGAAGGGAGAAGCAAACUAAAGGUGAGGCCAAGAGUCCCCCUACCCCUUGGAUCUAGUAAGCCUUACCUUGGAGGUCCACUUUCUAAUAAGACAACCCAGCAGAAUGGAUUUUGGAAGCGUAAUGAACCAGGCUGCCACGCCUUGCAUGCCUGCUGGCAAUCAUGAACUGACAUCCACUGAGGAGAGUCCAGCGAAGCAUGUAGACACCCCAGUAUUUGCAAGAUCCCCCAGAAUUAUUCAGGCACGACGUAAACCCUCAAGGAGUUUGAGCCUAAAUCAGGCCAUGGAGGACACUUGUGAACUAGACUUGGUUUAUGUCACUGAGCGGAUAAUUGCUGUCAACUUUGCAAGUUUGUCAGAAGAGCAGACCUUCUGCAGCAACCUGAAGGAGGUGGCACAGAUGCUUAAAUCCAAGCAUGGAGACAGUUACUUGCUUUUUAACCUGUCUGAGAGGAGACAUGACAUCAGCAAGCUCCACUCCAAGGUGCUGGAUUUUGGAUGGCCUGACUUGCAUACCCCUGCCCUGGAGAAGAUAUGCAGCAUCUGCAAAGCCAUGGAUACCUGGCUCAAUGCUGAUCCUCACAAUGUGGUGGUUCUUCAUAAUAAGGGAAACAGAGGCCGGACAGGGGUCGUUAUUGCUGCCUACAUGCACUACAGCAAUAUUUCAGCUAGUGCUGAUCAAGCUUUGGACCGGUUUGCCAUGAAGAGGUUCUAUGAGGACAAGGUGAUGCCAGUGGGGCAGCCAUCACAGAAGAGGUAUGUCCAUUAUUUCAGCGGUCUCCUCUCUGGCACCAUUAAAAUGAACAACAAGCCCCUUUUCCUGCAUCAUGUCAUCAUGCAUGGAAUUCCCAACUUUGAGUCUAAAGGAGGCUGCCGGCCCUUCCUCAAGAUAUACCAAGCUAUGCAACCUGUCUACACAUCUGGCAUCUACAAUGUACAGGGAGAUAGCCAGACCAGCAUCUGUAUCACCAUAGAGCCUGGACUCCUUUUAAAAGGAGAUAUAUUGCUGAAAUGUUAUCACAAAGAAUUCCGCAGCCCAACACGGGAUGUGAUCUUCCGGGUGCAGUUCCACACCUGUGCCAUUCAUGAUCUGGCCAUUGUCUUCAAUAAGGAAGACCUGGAUGAUGCCUUUAAAGAUGAGCGGUUUCCAGAAUAUGGGAAAGUGGAAUUUGUAUUUUCCUAUGGUCCUGAGAAAAUUCAAGGUAUGGAACAUCUUGAGAAUGGUCCUAGUGUCUCAGUGGACUAUAACACCUCAGAUCCACUCAUUCGCAGGGAUUCCUAUGAAAACUUCAACCUGCGUCGGGAAGACAGCAUGGAGGAGGUUGGGCACACCCAAGGCCCUCUGGAUGGCAGUCUUUAUGCCAAGGUAAAGAAGAAAGAUUCACUCCACGGCAGCACUGGCACUGUUGGCACCAACCGCAUUACCCUUUCAGCUGCUGCCAACCACAUUGAACACACUCUAUCUGUCAGCAGUGACUCGGGCAACUCUACUGCUUCUACCAAGACAGACAAAACUGAUGAGCAGGCAGUGCCAGCUGUCCCUGGUAGCAGUGGAGGGAACAAUCCUAUACUGAGCCCAGAGGAGAAACAGGAGCUUGAGAGCUUACUCAGUGGUUUCGGACUGGAAAACGAAGCCACAAUGCACAACCACAACCCCAGUGGGGUAGGCAUGGUCACUGCCACCACAUCAGGUCGCCACAUAGUCCCAGCUCAAGUGCAUGUCAAUGGCGAGGCUACUAGCAGCUUGGUGGCUGAAAGGGAAACAGACAUUUUAGAUGAUGAGUUGCCAAACCAGGAUGGGCACAGUGUAGGUAGCCUGGGCACUCUCUCAUCCUUUGAUGGCACUACCAACACUAGUGACUUGGGCUACCAUGAGGCCCCCCGGAUGGAGAGCCUCAUUUCUUUGCCCAAUGGAUCAUCCAACUUCAAUGGCAUAGACAAGCUGCAUGAUUCAGAGACAGUCAUAAAUGGUGGCUACCCUUACAACAACCAGAAUACCUUGAGGAGCAUGAUGGGACGCCACCCCCAAGAUCCCUAUGGGCACAUCCGGCCCUCGGUAUCAGCCCAGGAAAAUCUGGCAGACUACUAUCAGCAUGGCUUCCCCACUCCUGCCUGGCUGCAGCCUCAACCACCAGCUUCCAGCCAGCAGUACCCAUAUGGCUAUGACCCAAAUGGAAUAUACCGUUCCCAGUCCUUCCCCAUGGCUACUCUAGAGAGCCCCCAACUCCCCCAGGCACCAGCCCGGAGCACAAGCAGCCGGGAAGCUGUCCAGAGGGGACUUAACUCUUGGCAGCAGCAAAGUGGAGGCAGCAGGCCACCAUCCCGUCACCAAGAUGGUGCCCGAGACAGCCAAAGCCCCAGUGUAUCCAGUGCAAGCCCUCAGCCCAGUCCUUCAGGACCAGCACCACCCCAGAGCAUCAGCAUCCCUGAAUUUCCACGUGUGGCUUCCCAGAAGGAAAUAGAGCAGUCAAUUGAAGCCCUUAACAUGCUUAUGCUUGACUUGGAUCCCUCUUCUGCCUCAGUGAUGCACAAAUCCCAGAGUGUUCCCGUGGCCACUAGAGAAGAGAAACCACGCCCAGUGGCCCUUUCAGUGUCUGCCCAGCCUGUGGCUGGUCCUCAAGUAAUACAACCCAAAUCUUCCAAUGCUUUUGGGAUGAUCCCUGGAAGCCCUUUGCAUAAUUCCAUGGACAUUACUGUGUCACAGCUGCCUGAAGCACCAUCUAAAGUUCAUCCCACCAGACUGCUGCUCCACAGUGCUGGUGAGCCUGAGUUCCCGAGACAGGAUUACAGAGAGGCCUAUUCACCCUAUGGUUAUCAGAACCAGCAGCCAACACAAGCCAGGAGCUAUGGCCAGAGUGCAGGAAGCCCUCCUACCUCUCCCAGGUCUCAUGUAAUGGCAUACAAGCUCAUGGAAGGGCAGCAUCCCCUACUGACAUCACCUCCAUCUGUUAUAAUGACAGUACAAGCCCAAGUGCCAGGAAAGGACACCGAGAAUCAUGAAGAGCCUGCUCAGUCCUUAGAAGAAGAGCCUUUACAUCUGGAAGGUCUGGUGGCUCAGAGAAUAGCAGAGUACAACGCCAAACUCCGGGACAUCCGGAAGAGUAUAAAAAGCCCCCAUCCUCCUCUUCACCGACAGCGAUCCUUCUCCUUUUCUGGAGUCCAGUCACCACAGGAGAAGUCACCAGAAGAAACCGAAGCCCCCAUCCGGAGACGCACAACCAGUGAAGGCCAGUAUGAGAACAGUCCCCAGGACCCAAGUUCACCACGAAGCCCCACCGUUCGCUCUCCAGUUCAUUGUGUCUCACCAGAGGUGGUCAGCACCAUCUCUGCCAACCCGGGAGGAAGACCCAAGGAGCCCCAUCUCCAUAGUUACAAAGAGGCUUUUGAAGAGAUGCAGGGGACUCCUCCAAGCAGUCCACCUUCCAGUGGUGGUGAGACCUCUCCCCCAACCCCCGCCUUCCCUGUCUCACCACAAACCCCUUACAGUAACCUACUGCGCUCUCCACCAGGACUGGCCAAAACUCCACUUUCAGCACUGGGCCUGAAACCUCACAACCCAGCUGAGAUCUUGUUGCAGCAAUCUGGAGAACUAGAUGGGGAGACAAUAGUUGAGUCUCAUGAAGAGCCCCGGAGCUAUGUGGAAUCUGUGGCCCGUACAGCCGCAGGUAGUGGUAGUGGAAGCAGCACAGUUGGGAAAUCUCCAUCCACCCCGGCAUUGCAGACUUACAAUAUUGAGACACCAGAAGGGAACACAUCUUUCAUCAACUCCUUCACCUCACCAAGCCCUGUUGCUUCCAGCAGUCCCAUGCACAGCACCGAUGGGGUUUCUAUAUGCAGCUACCCUUCGGAGAACAGUACCAGUGUAGCUAUACCUUCCCAGCCCUCUCCUGAGUCCAGCUUCCAAUCCAGCAAUCUUUCUCAGGUGCCCUCGGUGCACAGCAGCUACCAAAACACAUCUACAUCAACUCAGGGCCUCCCAGCCUAUAUGAGUGCUGAUUUCCCUGAUGGCCGAGCCAGUGCUCAACAAGAGAGGCCUCUGCCCCAAGUCAGUGCAGUUGGGGUGCAUGUCAUGCCUGGAAGCCCUCAUUCCCUCCACAGAACAGUAGCCACCAAUACUCCCCCUAGCCCAGGAUUUGGGCGAAGAGCUGUCACCACCAAUAUGGUGGGCAGUCCAGGAAGCCCUAGUAUGAGCAGGCACUUAAUGGGUCCACACAGCAACCUUGUUGCCACACCUGGGAGCCCAAAUCUUGCUCGGAACCAGCCUGUAAUGGGAGGAGGUACACCUGUAGUCUCUGGGAGUCCCAGCCUGGAUCGGCAUGCCAUCUAUGGAUACUCAACUCCUGAGGAGAAGCGUCCAGCGCUGUCCCGCCAAAGCAGUGCCGGAGGCUACCAGGCUCCGUCUACUCCUUCUUUUCCUGUCUCCCCGGCCUAUUACCAUGGAAUUAGCAGUCCACAUUCUUCUUCCCCUGACUCGGCCAUCUACAGGCAAGGGAGUCCUACCCCACCCCAGCCACAGCUUCCAGAGAAGAGGAGGAUGUCAUCAGGGGAUCGGUCAAACAGCCUGCCUAACUAUGCCACAGUGAAUGGCAAGACCUCAUCACCCAUCUCCAGUGGCAUGUCCAGUCCAAGCAGUGGGAGUGGCAUGGCUUUUCAUCAGACUUUGCCAGAUUUCUCCAAGUUUUCCAUGCCAGACAGUAGUCCUGAGACCAGAGCUAAUGUGAAGUUUGUCCAAGAUACUUCCAAAUAUUGGUACAAGCCAGAGAUUUCCAGGGAACAAGCCAUUGCAUUGCUGAAAGACAAGGAACCUGGGGCCUUUAUCAUCCGAGACAGCCACUCUUUCAGAGGAGCCUAUGGAUUAGCCAUGAAAGUGGCUUCUCCACCUCCUGGUGUUGUGCAGCAAAACAAAAAAGGAGAUAUCACUAAUGAGCUGGUAAGGCACUUCCUGAUAGAAACCAGCCCCAAAGGUGUGAAGCUAAAAGGAUGCCCCAAUGAGCCAAAUUUUGGUUGCCUGUCUGCUUUGGUGUACCAGCAUUCCAUCAUGCCUCUGGCUUUGCCCUGCAAGCUUGUCAUUCCCAACCGAGAUCCCAUGGAUGAAACAAAAGAGACAACUUCAUCAAGCAACACAGCGAUUGACUUGCUCAAGCAGGGAGCAGCCUGCAAUGUGCUCUUUAUUAACUCAGUGGAGAUGGAAUCCUUAACAGGUCCACAGGCCAUUGCCAAAGCUAUCACCGAGACACUGGCUGCAGACACCCUGCCCUCUGCAACUAUAGUUCACUUCAAAGUCUCAACACAAGGAAUCACCUUAACAGACAACCAGAGGAAGUUAUUCUUCAGACGACAUUACCCAAUCGUCACUGUUACCUACUGUGAUGUGGACCCACAGGAGAGAAAAUGGACUAAAUCGGAGAGUGGUGGCUCUGCAAAACUCUUUGGCUUUGUGGCCAGGAAGCAAGGCAGUACAACAGACAACAUCUGCCACCUCUUCGCCGAGCUGGACCCUGAUCAGCCAGCCGCUGCCAUCGUUAAUUUUGUUUCCAGGGUCAUGCUUGGCUCCUCUCAAAAGAGAUGAGCCAAUGCCUUCCCCCAGCCAGGGGGCUUCUUGCCCUUGAAUUUUGAAGAAGGACUUGGAGUUGUUCCGAGAAGGAGUGCAAGGAAGUGCAUGGUGAAAGAAGGAAGUGAACCAAUGGGGGGAAAGAGAAGGGAAAAAAUAUGUCUGGAUUGUUGGAAGGCCCAAACCAACCAAAUGUACGUACAAAGCAGAAACCAAGGAACUGACACUGUCACCUUUCCCUGCCAAGCUCAAGAGGUGGAGACAAUUUUGGCUUUUGGAUCAGCAUGAAAUCAGAGAAUUCAGCCCCACAGGCCAAAGCACGGAUUUUAUUAACCUUUGUGGGGGUAGGACUAUAUAGUAGUUGCUUGUUUAGAAAAUAAGGCAAACAAACAAAAAUAAUCAUGUAUAUGUGAGCUGCAGGAAUCACAUUGAGAGACAUGCCAAACAAGCAAUCAUUUCUGAAAGUUAUUGCUCCCAACUCUUCAACUGCUGAAUGUAUGAAAUGUGUCUGUAUGGGUGUGCACAAAUAUGUGCCUCUAAGGGUGUGUGUGUGUGUGUGUGUGUGUGUAGUGUUCACAUGUUUUAAUGUGUAGCUGUGGAAAUCUGCAGCAUUAGGGAUCUGUCUUUGCUCAAUGUCGAAUGAUGGUUAUUCAGAAUUUUUACUUGUUGAUGCCCUCUUUCUCCGCUUUCACCAAGGACAUGGGUUUCCAUCAAUCCAUCUUGGAGGAAUGCCUCCUAAGCAUCUACUAAUAUGGUGAGAUCUACUAGGGGGGUAAAAAGUUCUGAUUUUAAUCAGCUGUGGCAUAUAGCCAGACCCAGGGUCUCACACACACAGAGGUACACCUCAUAUGUAUGUGUGCGCGUGCGCGCGCACGCACACACACACACACACACACACACACGAUUGUAUAGAAGAGUUGUUGAGUGGGGAGUCUCUCCCUAGCUAAUUUUAGGAGCAUGCUAGCCAAAGUAAAAGAGUUAUCUUCUAAUCUCUAUGCAGGGAGGUCUGUGGCAGGCCCUUCAAACAGAAAAAAAGCUGUCCUUGCCUCUUAAACUUUAAAAUACCAGCAGUUUGGGAAUGCCAUUCCUUUUAUGUCUAAGGUAAAACUACCCUGCCCAGGUUUAUCCUUUCUCCUUAGGGAGACAUGCACGCUGUUUUGUAUGUUGCAUGGAAAUUAUUCAGUAGCGCAAAGACAAGAUGAAUGAUCAGAUAAUGGGGAAGGGUGGGGGGAUUUUGUAAUAUUAAUCUUUUAAAAAAGAUCCAGGUUGGUGUGAGCUCUGGCUUAAGCAUGGCCAUAGUUGAUUCAGCAACCAGUGGCUAUAGGUUAUUACUCUCUCUGUUGGAAGUUCAGCAUUUAUUGUGUAGCAAAGUUUGUUCAUUGAUUUGCCACAUUAAAUUUUGCUUUUGCUACAGGACGCAUCAAACAUCAGAUCUUGCUCUGAGCUGCUAGCCUAGCAGUGUGUUCUUCGAUUGACAUUUGUUGUGGGAUGGGAAACAGUUCUGUUACCUUAACAAUUUUUCAUUAAGAGUAACUUCAUACCCAUCUCCACAGUGAAUGCAGCUGCAGAGGAAUAAUUUCUUUUUCUGCUUGGCAUUACCAAUUAGCUAUUCUAUUAGCAUAAUUUCUGGCAUUCCUUCUGGGAGCCAUAUGAGUCUAGUACAUUGAUUAAUGGCUCUCAGCAUCUUUGUCAAGGAGAGGUUGAAUUGUCAGCAGGCUUUUGCUUGCCUGUGGAAGGAUCUCUUGCAUAGACCUCCUAGUGCAUUGUGGGAUUUUCUUGCCACCCUUUAAAGCACUUGCGCUUGGCAAAUCCCAGAUACAGACUCUUGUGCUGAAUGGACAAAGAGCUGUUCCCAUGUGUCAAAUCCUAUGGGUUUAUUGUGGAUUCUUGAAUCUCUACUUAAACUAGAGUCAAGGCCCCACUGAAAGCAAGUUGCUAUUGGCUUGCCAUGUCAUCUGGUCCAAAGGGGACCUACAGCCAGGGAAGGGGGUUGGGAUCAUGCCUUCUGGUAGGCUUUAUUUCUUACCCAUAGCCAUUGGGAUGAAAAGCCAUUUCCCCCAAAGUGUUACCUGGCUUGCUAAUAUAACAACCUAAAAAUACUGGGAUAAGAUCUUUAGGGGCAGAAUGUCUGUCAAUGAGACACUUCAUUGCCAAGUGAUGCAGCAUUCUCUAAAAAUCAAAUAUGAAUUACAAGUUGUGCUGUCACCUAAAUUCCCCUGGAGAGUAUGGCUCUCUCAUUGCCUUGAUAUAAUAUAUAUAUGUAUGUAUGUAUGUACGUAUGAAAUAUACUGACAAAAUAAUGUAAGCUAGUCAAAAAAUUUAAAAAGUGAAAUUUACAAGAAAAGUAUUUAUUUAUUUUUUUUGCCACAUUGCUUCUAUCUUUUAUCUCCUCCAAUAUUUGCAAUAUCCUGCCAUUCUUCCCCCGCCCCAUGUUAUAGUCUUUUGUGUGUAUAACUUAGUGGAAAGUAAUUAGUAUUCUUGACAUGGGCAAGGUUUAAAAGAUGAUGGCUAUCCCUCUCCCAAGCUCCUUAAUGUAUUUUUUUUUUUUAAUUUUGUACCACAAUAUGGCAUUUCUCAUUCCUGCCACCUCAUUUUUAGUAAUCCGCCUGAGCAGGUGAGCAUGUAUGAAUUGGUACUCUGUUGCUGAGUGAUAUGAGGGUCAGUGGUGUGCGCAUGUGUGAAAGCGUGUAGAGAAAGACUCAUUUUUGGAUACUGUACAAAGAGUGAGUUUGCAUCUGAGAGCUGUUGCUGAGACAGGUACUUGGAUGGAGUGGGAGCAUCAGUUUUGAUGUCAUCGCCCAGGCUCUGCACCCUAUCUCCACCCAGAUGGGAUGCUGGAGACUGUGACAGCUUAUUUUUUUAUGUUGGUUGCAAAUAUUUCCCUCCUUCUGCAAAAUUCAAGCAAGAUGAUCCCCCUCCCUCGCCUGCAACUGUCUCACCCUGCCAUUAACCAAUUAGAGAAACACUGUGUCUAUAGAUAUAUAAAUAUUAUAAAUAUAUAUAUAUAUAUAUUUUUGAAAGUCUCUAUUUUUCAGACUUCAUUUUUUUCACUGCUUUCAAGCAUUUGCAGUUUCCUCCCUUCUUCUUCAACGUUUGCUGCCCUGCCACAGAAAGUGGUAUUGAAGAUUAAUGGUUUUGUUUCUGUUUUGCAAUUCAAAAGAAAUAAGCUUGAUGUAAGGCAUCUAAUGGUCAUAUAUAAAUAAAUAUCAUCAUGGCAAGCACUUGCAUGUCAGCAGAAUACCUGCUUCUCGCCACAACCUGCUCACUACUAACUCACUCACUGAAGAUGGGAAGUUUAAGAUCUCUACUUCUUAAGCACUUUUGCUGAUAAUGGCUUUAAAAAAGAGAGAGGAGAGAAGCAAAGCUAAUCACAUUAUGUAACAUGUUGCUUUUCUUGUUUGCAUCCAAGACAAAAGCUGCAUUAUAGGAGUAAUGGUUGUGUUUUACAUCUCAGUUUAACUGAGAUCAAGUCCUUAGCUCCUCCAGGGUGGCUUUAAAUCCAGGAUUCACAAAAUAUAUAUGAGAGAAAGAGAAUACCCACAGAGUCACAAGUGCAUGUUAGAGGUCAUGCAACCUCCUUAUUCUAAAUCAGACCAUCUCUCUGUGUAUCUUGAUUAGGUUAAAGGAAUUCUGAAUUUGGUUCACCAUUCCCUUACUCCCCUCUACUGACACUGUGCCUUUCCAGUUGUGUUUGGGGUAACAGAACAGGGACAAAUAAUAAAGAGGCUAGAAUCUCAAAGCCAAUCCAUUCUUAUGGAUUGCCAACCCUGUAAAUGGAAGGAAGUGCCUUCUGAGGUAUAUUUGAAUUUUAAAAAGGUGUCACAAAUUUGAGAAUGAGAAACUGUUUUACCUUCCCCCUCGCCCGUAAUCUCUACCGCACAGGAUGAUAAAGUAAGCCAUGUUCCUUGUCCAUUGUGAUCUGUGUAGAUAUUUGCCCAGAAUGUGAGCAAGUUAUUGCUUCAGUCUUUGUUGAAUCAACCACUCCCCUCUGUCAUAGCCAAAAAGCCAUGCUCACUCUUGUUUUAUUGGAUCAGAGAGGGGUUUUUUUGUGACACUGGUGAGAAAGGCUCCUUUUGUUUGCUCUCUGUUGAAACCCAGAUGCUGGAAGAGGAGCUACAGUUUUCCCCAACAAAGACAUACCUUUUGUUGAUUCUUUUAAAGAGCAUGAGAGGAGACAGUUCCAUUUGAAACACAUCUCCUCCUUCGAAUGCCUGGGAAUGCUGUUUAAUGUAACUUUAUCUCACAUAUACUAUGUAAUAAUGGUUCUGUUAGUUCAAUAGAAGGUGUUAUAUUUCAUUCAACAGCACACAAACACCCUCCCCUGUGCACAGAGAACUACAUAAUAUUGCCAAAGAUACCUGUUUGACAUGCACUAUUCUCAACCUGUUGGUUGUAAAUUUAUUGUAUGUGCCUCUUUCCUUUCCUUGUGUUGUGUUACAUCCAGUUAGCAAGUGUCUUUUGGUUUGCUUUCUCAACAAUUUGUGUAACUCUAACCACCCUUCAACAGGUUGGUGAUGUUAACUGAUUUUAUGUGUAAUUUGAUAUAUGGGGAAAUUUCCUGAGCAGUGAAACAGACAAAGUAACAUGAGAGAGAACAGGAGCAAAGCCAUUCAAAUACCUUCAUAUGUUAGUCCCUGAGGUCUUAACCCUUAUGAAAAGAAAUGCAGCUCAUUUGUCCAAAUUGUCCCUAAUGUGACUAUUGUUACUUGUUUGAAAUUCAAAUAGUCAAUCAUUUUCUACUGCUUGCUCAAAUCCCUUGCCAAAGACCUCUGAGAUAAAUUUAAAGUCAACAGCAUUAAACACAGGAGUAUGCUUUUUUGUUGUUGUGGUGUUGCUUCCAAAGCAUUGGCAAAGAUUUUUUAAAUGUUCUACUGCUGCAAAGUUUGUUUGAUAUCGCACACAACAGAGAUGUGAGGAAUGAUGACCUGAUGAAUUUCUCCACCAUGGUGGCUGGCUGCACUGUUGUUCUAUGUUGGACUAUUAGCCAACAUUGUAGUUAAGUAAUCUUUCCUCUAACAUAGACACAUACAGGAACAUUCACUGCCAUACCUACAGUAUACCACAACUAACUCACUGAAUCAUUGCAGUCUGCAGUCUGAGGUGGAUGUACUGGGAAUAAACAUGAAUGGAAACAGACCAUAUAUAGGAAGAGGGUUGCUAUCUCCUGUUAGCUAGUUAUACAGUUGUUAUUCAGGAAUGACUCAAAAGAGCUUGGAUUCAGGCUGAAUUUGUGUGGUGUGUAUUUGAGAAAUAUUUGGUAGAAUGAUUAGUUCUCUUCAUUCUGCAGCAUUUUGGGGGUAAGUGAGACACACAAAAAGUAGGGUGGAAAUCUAACUUGGAGUUAAUUGCCUUCCAUCAGUUUCAGAAUUUAAAAGUACCUUUGGCCAUCAGGAUAAUAGCAUUGCUGGGUCUUAACUUUAUGCCAUAGAUGAAGAUUUUAAAAUUGUGUCAUAAUGGUAGCAUCCAUGCUGUUCCAAGGUACUGUGUCAUCAUUACCUAGAAGAGAGGUGGGCUGCUCCUCAUUAGAAGUUUUCAAGUCGAGGCUGAACAGCCAUCUGUUGGAGAUGUUCCGGUGAUAGGUCUCCUGCACUGACCAGGAGACCAGGGCAUUGAACUAGAUGGCCUGUAAGGUUGUUUUCCAUGAAUCUUUUGUCAUUAAAGCAGGUAUGAGGUGGGCCAUUGCCCCUUAUCUUGCAUUAUGGUGCCAUUGAUUUUUUUUUUUUUACAUGAAAGUAUAGCUGGCUAACAGAGUUUCAGAAACCAGCAAAGUAGCGUAGGAUUGGAUGAUGUAGCCCACCCUAUCAACAAACAUUCCUAGUGUUUUUAGACUUAUUAUUACAUCUGUCUGGCUUUAACAGAUAUUUAGAGAGGAUGAUAAUGAUAUUUUCACUAGAGAAUAAUGCAUAAUCAUUUUUUUUGUUUUUAAAAAGAAGCCAUCAUAAGUAAACAAAUUGGUCAGUUUAGCUUUUUCCUACAUUCAUUUUUUUCUUGAGUUCUUUCUCUUAAAUUUAUGAAGAAAUCUGUAAUUUUUCCAAAGUUUCUUUCAAAAGGGAACUGGACAAAGUUUUUAGCCAUCUGUGCUAGCCAAAUUAAAUGGGGAUAUCUAUCCUAACAUAGAGAUCAUGCUGUAUUUACCUACUAUGCAAUUGUUUUAAAAUGUAGAGUGAGUCCAUCAGGAAAGAGAAAAUAUAUAUAUGGUAAUGCUUAUCCAGGGGGUUAAAGAUGGAUACAUGCAAAGAGAUUGAAAACCAGUUUUCUAAGAAUAGCAUGGGAAAGUCUAACAUCUGGGCCACAUGUGGCCCUUUAAUCCUUUUAUGCAAUUCUCCCAGGAACCUUCAGUCCCUAAUUUUCUAAAACCUUUUUAUGGGCAAAUAAUUGCUCCAUACCAUCCAGAUCACUGCCAAAAGCCACCAGGAUGCCGCCAUCUAGAUUAAUCCCACCCAGCCAGCCUUCCCAGACAGAAAUGCACAGCUCCUGGCAGCCAAAAAAAAAAAGGUAAAUCAAAAUCAGAAGUGUGAAAAAGAAAGGGUAAUUACAACCUUUAAUGCAACAAUAUAGCCUGACAGGGAGGCAGAGCAAAAUCUGCAAACAGUGCAACCACCAACCCCUGUUCUAAGAGCAAAGAAGAAUUCAAGUGUAGGUGGGUGAAUCUGCCAGUUUCUCCUUUCCCACAUCUUUUUUUUUUAAAUCAAGUUCUUUCUUUUAAUUUUCAAAUGCAGUGGUUAAUUCUUUGCCUUCAGCACUUUGAUCUGCUCACCAACAGCCACAUUCAGAGACUUUGUUGAAAGUGUCCUUGCACUUACUGGAGCCCACAAGCGGGCAACCUGGCAACACACCCAACAAAGCACCUGACUUUAUCCAAAACUACCAUUAGCCAAUGCCUGAAACUACUUGGGCCGAUCAACUGUGUUAUAGUGUUAUCCAGCAAUGAAAGUAUCUGAUGUAACCUUCUGAUCCCUGAAAUGGCUCAGGAAUCUCAAGUCCUACAGAAGAAAGACUCUUAUUGAACCUGUUCCAUGGAAGGAAGUCCCAUGGAAACCAUUUGGAUCAAGUAAUAUGUUGAGAAAUCAUGCUCUUCUUUCUGCUUCAGCUAAGAGCAGUGUACCCUAAAAUGGACCCCAUUGAACUUCAGAGGCCCUACUGCAUUUAUGCUGAAGCAAACUGACUAGGUCUAAUAGAAUCGCUUUGAAGCAGGGCACUUUCCCAAAUACUCAAGACUUUACAAUGUUUAUUAGGAAGUACAGCCUUCAAAUUUUGGUGGGAUUUACUCCCAAAUAAUUAUAACUAGGAUAUCAACCAAACAAUGCAGGUCCAGACUUUUUAUUAAUCCCAUUUGCUGCCUUGUGGAUGCUGCUAUUGUCAUUGUUGCUGUUGUUACAAUAGAUUUUUUUGUCAGUAUUAAUGACUCUUUGAGACAAACAUUUGUUUCUCCUUCUUGCAUCCUUGCAGUUUUUUAAAAAACAGACACACAAAUGUGCAAAUGUGCAUUUUGCAUACCCACAGAGGAAUAAGAGGGGAGGAAAAACCCAGACUAACCCCCUUUCUAUGUAUUUAUAUAGAGAGAAUUCUCCUUUAUAUUUUGUAUCUUUGUGCCCAUAAUUUUCAUCACUUAUAUAUAAGAGACAACUCUGUGCCACUCAUGGUUCAUGUGUGAAUGGACCAUGCACAUCCAAGCUUUCUUUUCCCUUUGUACAGCUAUCUUAACUCAUUGCAGUUCCUUGUAUGGCUUUAUAAAUGAUAAGAUUUUAAACAAAAUCAAUUAUACGAAAUAUACUGUUGCUUGAAAUGCCCAGUUUGGUGUCUGGAUUGCUGGAAUUGUAUCUCAAACUUUAAGGGACUGAAGGAAUAAAGACUCUCUACUUUUUGCACAGGGAA